UUUCUUUUUCUUUUUUCUUUUCUUUUCGGCUUUCCUUUAGACAUAAAAUGAAUCUUUUGUCGGGUACUUUUUUUCUCCAAUCCUUUCGUCUGUGUCGCCGUAUUAUUAUGCUUCAUUUAUGAUUAGAACGUGCGUUUGAGUUCGACGUGAACAAGCCAUCCUGAGCCCAAAGUAAUAGUUUUCAAGUGUUGUAUACGGUUGUGUAGUUGUUGGAGAUGAUGAGAAUCAUUAUUGAGCUCAUUCGGCCCUCUUUUUUCUCUCUCUCUCUCUCUCUCUCUCUCUCUCGUCGGUGUUUGUGUCGCUAAUUUGAUUGUCUGGCAUCAGUCGUAUAUUUCGAGACGCUCAUUUGUUGGGCCCAAUCGAUGUGUCCGUGUCAGACAUUGUCUUGACGACCCCCGUGACUGCUAGCUUCGAGAUGAAUAAUUGAUCCUUUGUCGACUCAACACAGAGACAUUUCGGACAUAAGAAGAGAGAGAAGAAAAAAAGUUGGGGUCGUGAUUACAUCAUUGUCUUUUGCUGAGCUCAUUUAGCCUUCUGCUUUUUUCCCCCAUUCUCCUCACGACGCAAUCGAGUGUACACAACAAGGUUGUCAAUGAGCACAAGAUUCUCAGUAUAGCCAGGCGUGCUGGACAACUUCUUCAACCCGUAUCCUUUUCUUUUCUGUGAAUGCUUUGUUUGACCAAGUUCUUUCUUUUUUCUUUCUUUUUUUUCCGUUUCUUCUUUUUUUAGCUUGGGAAUUAUUCGCGUCUCGUGUCGCAAUCAUUUACCAUGAUUUUUUUUUACGUGAUUUUCAAGCGACGUCGACAUUGAUAUUAGCGCACAGUCGUAGCCUUUUUUAAUGACGAGGUGAGCACUUCAAGGAAGGAAACGUGAGACUUGCUACUAAUCAGACCUCUUUAUUUUUCAAGCCCGCUUUUCUUUCCCCCCUCGCAUGGAGAGAAAAUCAAAUGGAUUUUUUUUUUUAUUUUUCCUGGCGUUGCCAUGCAAAAACAUAAUUCACCUCGUCGUUGUUACACAGAGCAGUAUGGCGCUGAGACACGAUCCGAUUCUUCAUUUUCCCUUUUUUUUUGUUUCUUUUCUUUUUGGUUUUGAUUUGAAAUGUUUCCAAUUCUUGUUUUUUGGGGUUGAAUCAACUUGGCGUAGUGGUGGAUUGUCAAUCAGAGUCCAUGUCCAGACAUUUGAUGUUCCCAUCGCGACGGAAAGACGGGGAGGUUAUACCAUCUGUCGCCUGUCGGCCAUUUCCCAUUAUAACGAUUCGAUCUGAAGAUAUUGCGUCGUCCUUGUCGCCAAAUACCGUCUGUUCCAGGAGUGACGCACACCCAAUCAAUGGCCGAUCGAAUUCGUCCAUCUGUUGUCCCUCUAUGUUUCUUUUCCUUUUUUUUUCUUCUUUUUAUCGCGGUGAGAACGGACAAGAAGAUUGACUAUGAAACAGUCUAUCGGGUCCAUGUGAAUUAUUUCCAACAUCUACAUAGGCUUGUCAUUCUUUCCGUCCAUUGGAAAACCAUCGCCCGGUGCAGAUUGUCCGCCCAAUAACUCUUUUGUCUUCUUGUUUCUUUAUUGGUUGCCAAUGUCCUUUUUUUGUUUUUGUUUUUGCUUUUGUGUGUUUGGGUUGACGUUCCGUCACGAUUUUGCGAUCCAUCUCGUGACCCACCCGUUGCGCGUUGGAAAGCUGUUUGGCUCCCUGGACACCUAUCUAACACCCCACGUCACAGUCCCAGUGCGUCGCCGUCUUGCUGUGUGCCCGGUCUGACUGGCGUGGUCCGUUGCCAGGGCGACGACAUCGUUGGGUGCUCUCCCCAUCCCCUCAGUAUUCCGUCAGUUGAGCUCUUGAAUCAUACGUGGCCGCUCUGUUGUGAUCGUCUCUGCAUUAAACAGCCGCAGAAUUCGUCUUUUUUCGUUUUUUAGUUUCUUUCUGGGUUGUUGUUGGUGCACUGUCGUUUGUUUUCAGAUCUCGCAGCCCUCGACAGCUGACUAUUCCGCCUUAGUUGAAAGGAAACAAGGGAAUUAUUGCCGGUGGCCAAGUCGGACGGGAAACGGGGUGAUCCGGCGAGUUGACUGCAAGAAAACAUCGCGGCCGGAGCCAAAAGAAGAAGAAGCAGAAACAGAAACAUCAUGGGCUGUUUUGGCAGUAAGCAAAAGAUCUCCAAAGUGGACUUGGAGUAUCUCAAGAAGCACACUCGCUACGACGAGGCAACCAUCAAAGAGUGGUUCAAAGGUUUUCGGCAAGACUGCCCGAGUGGACGCUUAACGCCGGCCAAAUUCGUCGACAUGUACAAAAUGUUUUUCCCCAACGGCAACGCCGAAGAAUUCUGCGACCACGUCUUUAGAACGUUCGAUCGAGACAAGAACGGAUUCAUCGAUUUCAAAGAAUUCUUGUGUGCGAUCGACGUCACGUCGGCAGGGACUCCCAACGAGAAGCUCCAAUGGGCGUUUCGCAUGUACGACGUCGACGGCAACGGCUCCAUCGAUUUGCAGGAGAUGACAAAGAUUGUGCAAGCCAUCUACGACAUGCUGGGCAAUAGUUCGAGCAGCCGGCCUCCCGACACUGCGGAGGAGCGCGCGAAAAGCAUUUUCGCUCGGAUGGAUGAAAACGGCGACGGCAAACUAACGGAAGAAGAAUUCCUCAAGGGCUGUCUGCAAGAUGAAGAACUCUCGAAAAUGCUCUCGCCUGGAUUUUAAGCGCAUUCCACCCACUCCCCUAUCAUCCUUGUACCAAUCGAAAGCCUCCCGUUUUGUCUCCCAACGCAAAUCAGAGAAAAGGGGACGAGGUGACUUCGAUCAUUUCAAAACAUUCUUAUUCAAAAAUUUUGAUAACCCCUAGUUAAAAAUAUGGUGGCGACACAUUGGAAAUUGACUUUUCUUGGCUGCGCCAAAAAUGAGUGAAACUUGAUUUGACAACAUUUUUGCACUGGUCACGAGUGAAAUUCUCCCGAGUGCGCUUGUGUGUUGAAACCACUUCGAUACCGUGCACCGUUUUUUUCUUAAAUUAUUAUUUUGAUUUUUUUGCUCUCGUCUUUUUUCGCUGACUGCAACCGACUGCAAUUUAACCAAGAAACAUGAUACUGGUUAAAUACGAAAAAUCACGCACAAGUAAAAGGAAAAUUGCGCAGCAUUUGAACAUGAAGGAAAUGGGGGAAUUUAUCGAAAUGAAUUCCCACACCACCAGCGGAAAACUGUCACCUCAUCUGCCCACAUCUUCUUGUUAUCAAUCGCGAGAGCCCCCAAGUUUCUUUUCAUUACAAAACCUAAAUUGUAUUUCACUCUUUGCUAUUUUUCUUUCAUUUUUUAAAUAUUCUUUUCAUUGCCAAUUUUGAAGUGACCCAAAACUAUUCGCUAAUCAAAGCUUUACCAAGUGGAUUUGGUGCAUUUGCAAUUUGGUUCUUUUUAGACGACCCAGUAUCGAUUUUUCGCUGGUUGAUUUGGCAAAGCCAAACAGCAACCGAAUUUCGACCUCUUCAUCUAAUCGUUUCCAUUUGUCCUGUACAUACUGCCACAUAAAAAAUCGCCUCACCUUUUUUUCACGUAUUCUCUGGCGAAAUUCGCACAUAUCGUAGUAGUUUCAUGAUCGGUUUUUGACAAAUGUAGAUGUGCGUGUGCUGAUUCCCUCUUUCUCUUCGUUCCAUUUUCUUCUUUUUUUUUUGCUUGGCCGCAGAAUCAUCGCUCCUUGGGCGGCGUGCGGUACCAGUCACAGCGUUAGAGAAUAAAUCACACGUAGCGCAAUCGUGCACAAAAUAAUCUGAUGGGCUGGCAAUCGUUCGAGACGGGUUAUCCUUGCUUGUGAUUGGGCUUUGUUUCACAUGUGCAACUCGCCAAUCAAUUGAACAGAGAAGGGUUGCCAAUAAGAACCAUUAGCUAAUAACAAGAGUGUAGUUUGAGCUCAUUUUAAUAAGCGUAAGUGGUCGCCCUUGAAAAAAAUAUCCGAAAGUUUGGCGGUCUGACAUUUGCAUAAUUAAACAUCUUUUUCACGCAUCCGCUUCAAUUGCGAAUAUUUCAUAGGAAAAACCCAACACAUUAGAUUUUAUGAUUUGACGACUCUGUUUAUUUGUGUAUUCUGCUGGUCCAUUUCAUCCGCUUUGAAAUAGUUCGUAUUUUUUAUCUCCCUAAUUAGCCUCCACGAAUUCUGCGUUCCAAUAACUAUCGCGAAUCGAACGAUCAAGUUAGAAAAUACUUGAUAACAAUAUGGGUAUAUAACAUUCCGUGCGUCCACAAGUAUUUGGGUUCCUCUUUUUCUCUUUCACCAGAUGUUUGGAUGCGUGAGUGGUUUUUGCUGUUGCUGGCGUUAGCCUGUUUCAUUUCCUUCUUUUCAAAAUCAUCAAACCUCCAUUUCCUCAUAUUGACAUUCGCCUCGAUCCUUCUUUUCCUUUUUGCGCUCUAUUCCCCGUUAUUAUUAUCAUUAUUUUUUAUUUAUUUAUUAUUUUUUUAUUAUUAUCCAUUUUCGUAGAUCAUUUCCCGUCUCUUUUUCUAGUUACUGCACUGUUAUCCACUUUUCUCUCUCUUGUUUUGUCUCCCGACUGAUUUCCUUCGCAUUCGUUCAACGGACUUUUUUUUUCUUCAACAUCAACUUUUCACCUUUGUCAACAUGUACUGUACAUGCAUUCGCUAACACAUUGGAAGCCGCUCGUGAGUGUCGGAAAAAAAACCUAUUGUCGUUCUUCCUUUCAAACAUUCAAUCCUUUUCGAGUAUUUCAUUUCCCUUUGAAUAUUCCAUUUGUGUCCCGGUGAUCACCUCCCCAAAUUGUACGUGUGAAUACAUUUUUUGAUCCGAAAAAUAAGAAAUUGACCCUCUAAACCCGA